AUGAAUGACAAUAGCAAACCAAAGGUGGGCGAGAUAUGCUGGCUCGAGAUCCCCGUCCACGACGUUUCUCGAGCCCAACAACUCUACGGCGAUGUUUUCGGAUGGGUCUGCCAGCCCGAGGGCGUUCCCCACGGGCGCAACGGCAUCCAGAGCAUGCACUUUUUCAACAAGGGCGCCGUCCACGGGGCCUUCCUCCUCGUCAUGGAGGGCUACCAGGCCGUCAAAUAUGGCCGGCUCGACAAGGAGAUCCUCCCGCCGCUGCCCACCUUUUGCGUCGACGAUUGUGGCGAGACGCUCACCAAGGUCGUGGCCCAUGGCGGAAAAGAGCAGUGCCCCAAGACGGCGAUUGGAGGAGACAUGGGAUACUUUGCGCGCUUUACCGACACUGAGGGUAAUAUCAUCGGCAUUUGGUCACAGAAGUAG